AUGGUGUCCAUCGGUCCAUAUCAUUACGGAAAACCGCAGUUGCUGCCCAUGCAAGCCCACAAGACAAGGGCAGUGGUUCACUUCCUCAAGAGAUGUGGCAAGGCUAAAGAAUCCUUCCUACAAGAAUUAAGAAUUUGUGUGGUUGAAUUGAGGAACCAUUACGACCGCCAAAAGCUUGAUCUGAUGCUAGAAUGGCAAGAUAAUGAGAACUUCAUUCGGCUCAUGAUGGUGGAUGGGAUUUUCCUUUUGAAAUAUUUGUCUGCCAUCAGCGGUAAUAGACAUGUUCAAGAUUAUGCUAGGAAUGACCCCUACUUUGGUCAUCGUGGAAAUACCUUGAGCUAUAACUAUGUCAUGCAAGAUUUAUUGAUGUUGGAGAACCAGGUGCCGUAUAAUGUACUCUAUAAGCUGCUUGCUGUUUCUCAUGCGGCUCCUAAUCAAACAAUACUUCCAGAGGGGAGAGCAAAGGGCAAUGUUCAACCUAGGAUUGUGGAAGAUAGAUUAGCCAGAAAAAUAUCUGUUUCCGCUCUUCAGAAAUAUGCAAUCAAGUAUACAGUGGUUGAAAGCUACGACAGUAUGGCAUUUGACAGUAAAUCUGGGACUUUGAACCUGCCUUCCCUUCUAAUAAAUGAACAGAGCAUAGUUAGUUUCCUCAAUUCAAGAGCUUACGAUGUUCAGGUAAGGGGUACCACUACGGAUCUGAACUCAUACAUUUACCUCAUCGACACUAUUGUCCACUCCGCUGAUGAUGUUAAUUUGCUCCGACGUGAAGGGGUCAUUAUCAAUUAUAUGAAGAGCGACAAGGAUGCUCUAAAAGUGAACAAGGAACUCAAGAAAGAUGAUGCACGAGGAGAUACUCAUGAUAGAUCUUUUCAGAUACAGGAAGAGAACAACCGCAAGAAUUACAAUGAGAUUACUGUUCAUACAAAAGAUACAGAUACCGUAGAAGAAGACGAAGAAAGAACACGGGAGGAAGGACCAUGUGCAGAAAGCGAAGAAAACAUGACAAAGGAGGAUCUUAGGCAAAGAUUAGAUGAUGAAAGAAAGAGAGAAUAA